AUGGAUCGCUUUGAUGAAUUCAUACAUUUGUGUAAAAAGUUUGAUAAAAAUGUGGAUUUCGUGAAAAGAGAAAAAAAAGAAAAGGAUUUUUUUCUGAUAAAAAGUAGUGAAAUAUAUACAAAAUUAUUUAGUAAUUGUGAAUAUAUAGAUAAUAAAACUUUAAAAAAAUAUGGAUUAUUUUUAAAAAAUAAAUACAUAAAAGAACAUAAAACAAAAAUAAAAAAUAAAGAUCAUUUAAUAUAUUCUAUAAAAAAAAUAUCAGAAAAUAUAAAAUUUUUAAAGCCACAAAUUGAAAUACAUAAACAUAUUUUAAAUUGUUUAAAUAAUUUGUUAAGCAUAUUUAUUGAUAUAAUUAAUAAAUAUGAACAUAAUUUAAAUAAUUAUCUUUUUAAGCUAAAUAAAUAUACUAAUUUUUAUUUUUAUGAUAUUCAAAGUAUCAAAUUUAAUUUUGAUUAUCUUAAUAAAUUAAAUAAUAUUAUAUAUUCUGAUUUUUAUAAUAAUCAGCCAAACGAGUUUAAUAUUGAUUCUUCUUUUGAAUGCUCUUCAUUUAUGAAAAACAAAAAACACAAUGAUUGUGGAAAUAAUAAAAGAGUAAAUUUAAAAAAUGAAGAUAAUAAUGAUGAUGAAAAGACACUGUUAAAUAAUGAAAAUUAUGUUAAUGAUAAAAGCACAAAGUUAAAUGAAAUUUAUAAUGGUGAUAAUAGUAAUAAAAAUUUAAGAAAAAGAGAAAGUAAUAAAAUAAAAUUUGAAAGGAAAGAUAAUAAUGAUAUAUAUAACAAAUAUAACUAUAUAGAAGAAGAGGAAGAAAAAAAAAAUGAUUGGAUGCAUAAUAAUAGUGUUUUUCAUGAUGAUUAUCCUUUAAAUAAUAAUCAAAAAUUAGAAUUUAAAAAAUAUGUUGACCUAUUUGAAAAGGAAGAAAAUACUUAUAUAAUGGAAACAAAAAAGAAAGUAGCAAAAAUAAGUAAUUUAAUGAAUGUAUUUGUUAAUAAAAUAUAUGAACAAAAUGAAAAUUUAAAAAUGAUUGAAAACAUAAUAGAAGAAAGUAUUGAAAAUGUAUCUCAUGGUAAUAUUUAUUUAAGCAAAAUUCAAAAGAAGAAAAAUUUAAAUUCUCUUAUAUUUUUUGUUUUAAUAUGUGCUUCUUUUUUCUUGUUUAUAUUUGAUUUUUUUAGAUAA